AUGAGUCCAACUGCACAUAUCAUUGAUAAAAAACGGAAUUUGCAUAAGAAAAUCUUGAAUUUUUGUCAAAUCACAAGCCAUAUAGGAGAGUUCAUGGCUAAGGAAGUCGAGACAUGUUUAAAUGCUUGGGAGUUGAAUUGUGUCUUUAGCAUAACAGUAGAUAAUGCAUCGUUUAAUGACAUUGAAAUUAAAUUUAUGAAGAAGUGGAUGAAUGCAAGGAACUGUUUGCUCUUGAAUGGAGAAUAUAUCCAUAUGCGGUGUUGUGCACAUAUCUUGAGUUUGAUUGUAAAGAAAGGUUUAAAAGAUGAGGACAUUUCUAUCACAAGAAUGCAGAAAGCAGUCAAGUAUGUGAGAUCGUCUCCUUCAAGAUUAGCAAGGUUUAAGGGAUGCGUUGAAAGGGAUAAAAUUUCUUAUAAAGGUCUCAUAUGUCUAGAUAUGGAAACCAAAUGGAAUUCUACAUAUUUGAUGUUAGUAAUGGUUGUGAAGUAUAAAAAAGCCUUUGAUUUGUUAGAAAUUGCCGAUGCUAUGUAUGUCAAAGAACUAUCUAAGGAUAAAGGCCCUGGAGUACCUCUAUCCAAGGAUUGGGACUUUGCUAAUACGGUGCUUCCUUUUUUGACGAUUUUCUAUGAUGCUACUAUGCGUAUUUCCGACUCUUCAUAUGUUACUAGUAACAUAUAUAUGAAGGAGGUAUUUGCUAUUGGAAGGAAAAUUCGAUUAUUAAGCAAGCAUAAAGAUGCAAGUAUAAAGUCGAUGGGGAUUAGUAUGAAGAGUAAAUAUGACAAGUAUUGGGGCAACGUUGAUGGAAUAAACGUGUUGUUACUGAUUGUUGUUGUAUUGGACCCAACUUGCAAAUUUGGAUAUUUAAACUACUUUCUUGAUUAUUUUUUUGAAGUACAUGGUGAGGCAUUGAAGAUGAAAUUAUCAUCUUCCUUGAAAUCAAUUUAUUGA